AUCAAAUGCAAAUUGAAGGUGUAGCAAAAUCACCUAUGGGUAAACUUAAUGAUAAAUUGGGUUACGACUUUAAAGUUUACAUGAAGAACAAUCAAUACAUUCCGAAAGGCCCACCAGUUGUUGUUGAGGUUACUGGAGACAAAAAGUUCAGAGGGUUCUUAUUAUACGCUUUAGCUGCUGAUGCAGCUAAAAGUCAUGUUGGUGAAUGGUGUCCUCCACAUGGUUUCAAAAUUAAGCCAAAUUGUUCCGGCGAUCCAAGGGGGACACUCACCCAUAGAA